AUUUUUAAAGGGCGAUUUGUUAAACGCGAAAGCCGGCCGUGUGGUGAGGUAGAAAACGCUGUUAUUUCAGUUUUUGACAUAAUUCGCUGCUGUUUUCACGUUGAAAUUGUAACAGCAAUGCAGCUAUGACAGCCUCGUCAGAAGAUAUAGCAGGAUUACCUCCAGAAGUAAUUUGGGAAUAUCAAUUUCGGUUGAUUUUAGUCGGGGAUUCCACUGUGGGAAAGAGUUCGUUACUGCGCCGUUUCUGCGAUGGGAAGUUUGUUGAGGUCUCCGACCCCACGGUGGGAGUGGACUUCUACGCGAGGCUGAUUGAGGUGAAUGUAAACCCGAAGACCAGAGUCAAGCUGCAGCUGUGGGAUACAGCUGGACAAGAAAGAUUCAGAUCAAUAACUACAUCCUAUUACAGGAACUCGGUAGGCGUGAUGCUUGUCUAUGACAUUUCAAACAGACAAAGUUUUGAGAAUCUGCAGGAGUGGCUGCUGGAAGCUCAGGAGAACGUUAUCUACCCCCACAAUACAACAUACAUGGUGGUGGGUCACAAAACGGACUUGGGAGAGGAUAUGAGAGAAGUACACAGAGAAGAAGGCGAACGCUUUGCCUUCGCCAACGGGAUGAAAUUUAUAGAAACCUCGGCCAAGGCUUGCACUAACGUCGAAGCAGCUUUCUCGGUCAUGGCAAAAGAGAUCUAUUCCAAAUUGGAAGCAGGUGACCUGUGCAUCAGGGAGGGAUGGGACGGCAUCAAGGGUGGAUUCGCAAUGCCGCGGGAAACGUUGCGGCUAGAAGAACCUACAGAAAAACCCAGGAUAUGCUGCUAAGAAUAUGUUUAUGUUUUAUGUCAUUUACGAGAAAAUCAAUAAUUUGUUUUAAAAUUAUACUUGUGUGCAUUUUAAUUGUAGUACCAACAUGAGCAAGCAGUGUUAACCAUUUGUAGCAAAAUCCUCAAAUUGCAUUCUUUAUUGUAAUGCUAGAAUAGUUGAAUAUUUAAUGAAUAAUGGAGUGAAUUGAUAAGGCUCUAUAUGAUUUAUAUGCUGGCAUUAACUAAUAUACAUGUACAUGUACAGGUGUACCCCCUCAUACAUACCCCCAAAUAAAGCAAAUAAAAUCAAACAAAAUAUAUAUUUUUUUCUUAAUUGGAAAAUUUGUAGUAAUUUUGUCAAGGAUGUUCUAUGAAUACUUCCAUAUAAUGAAAUGAUAGUUAAUAGAAACUUAGAGUCAGUGUGUGUGAUGAAGAUGCAAAAUCCUUUAUAUGCAUAUCUCCUAUGACAUGUAGGCCUGUAUGUAUUUCUACUGGAAGACAUGUUUUUUAUAUGAUUCGGAAGAGAAAAAUCUAGAAAUUUGGCAGUUCAUGAAUUCAAGUUAUACAAAUGGUUAACACUGCAUACUAUUAAAGUAUAAUUUUGCUAUGUUUUGUACAUACUGUACCUGUAUUAGGUUUUUUUUUCUACACAUUUAUUUUGGUGUGUACAUGUAGGUCUACUAUCAAUGUAGUGGCUUAAAGGAACUGUAAGUCCUUCUAUCUACCUAGUCAUAGCUUCGUCUAGAUAAAUAAUUGCUAAUGAAAAUAACAACCACAUGAGAAAUGGUACACUGCUCAUUGCUGUAUAGGUAAUGUGAGUACUUACAUACUGUAAUAUAUUUGAUGUUUGUAUGCAAAAAAAAAAAAAAGAAAAUAAUUAUAAAAGAAGAUUUUUGUUUAAGCACAGGAAAUGAAUACCGGUACCAGGGGUUAUACAUAUAGACUUGCAAUUGUGUUUGGCCCCCAAAAUUCAAUAGAUAUAUGGACAACUAAAACAUUCCAUAGAUGUUCUAAUAAUUUUGUAUUCAAAACUGUUCCAAAUAAUCUAAAGUUCUUUUUUUUUAAAGUAAAAAGAAAAAAAAUAAAGGCCUACUGGUACAUAUUUUGGUUUCUAAAUCCAUCUAGAACCAAAUCCCAGAUGUACACACCUGACACCAUGAAAUGAAUACUCUGGUUUAAAGGUGCUUUCUAAUUCAGUUACUCCUAUCGUAAUUUUCUUCAGCAAAUUUUGCCAUCGAGCUGACACGUUUCUUCAAAAGAAAAGUAUGUAAUAUGUGUGUGUAGAUUUUUGGAUAUUUCAGACUUUCUAGCUUACUGUACUUGUCAUUCAAAAGCGUAGUCCAAUUUGUGA